AAAAAAAAAAAAAGAAAAAGAAAAGGGGCGCGCGCUAGUAUGCACAGCAAUGCGACUGAAAACCACACGCGACGUCGGAUAGCCGUCGGCAAGUGACGCACUCACCUCCUUGACCUGUUCUCUUUCUUAAUUCCGAAACCCCCCUUGUACGCCAUACUCUUCAUUCUCCUCUCUUUUACUUUUCUUCAAUUCAAAGCUCUCUAUUUCUCUCUCUAAAUCCGAAACCCUUAUUUCAAUCUUCUCUAUACCUCCUCCCGUUCCACGCCUAAUCCUUUUUUCAGGGGCUUGGGUUCGAUUCAGUUGAACGGUGCAUAUUUAAUCUUAAUAUCCAAACUCCAUCUCCAAUCCUCGAAUAAAUUUCCACCGCAAUCUCAAUUCGUUCACGGAUUCCGAUAAAGCUCACGCACAAAAAUAAAGUUGAAAUUGUAUGGAUUUGAUCUGAUUGAUCAGGAGAUAAGAAAUUAAUUGUGGAAAUCAAAGGUUUUUGUUUGGUUUAAAAGUGGAUUUGGAGAUAUGGAUUCCAGUAGGAGAGCGGUGGAUUCGUUCUGGAGAUCGCGGAUGGUCGAUGCUGCAACCUCCGACGAAGACAAAGUGGCGCCCGUUUACAAAUUGGAAGAAAUUUGCGAGCUUUUGCGGUCUUCUCAUGUUAGUAUCGUUAAAGAAGUAUCGGAAUUUAUCUUGAAGCGGCUUGAACAUAAAAGCCCCAUUGUUAAACAAAAGGCUCUGAGGUUGAUAAAAUAUGCUGUGGGCAAGUCUGGUGUGGAGUUCAGGAGAGAAAUGCAAAGACAUUCAGCUGCUGUACGUCAAUUAUUUCACUACAGGGGUCAGACAGAUCCUUUGAAGGGGGAUGCCCUUAAUAAGGCUGUGAGGGACAAUGCUCAUGAGGCUAUCUCGGCUAUUUUUGCAGAGGAGAAUAAGCCAGCAACUACAGAAGACCUUAACAAAAGGAUACAAGGAUUUGGGAAUACGAAUUUUGAAAUGCCAUCAGAAGAAAGGAAAUCAUUUUUUAGUGAGGUGGUUGAUAUUGGAAGUGCAUCUAUUAAGCAGGGACUAAGUAACUUCACACAAAGCCAUUCAUUACGGAAGAAUGAUAAUGGAAGUUACAAAGGCCCUACUCUUCGAAGGUCAUUGACCAUAGAAAAUGACCACUCAGAUAGAUAUGAACCAGUUCAGUUACACAGUGAAAAUCAGGGUAAUAUUGGAGUUUUGAAGAGUGCAACUAGUGGACCUUGGGGCCAGGACAGUAGGGUCUCAAGUGCUGGGACAGAAAAUGCGGGCUCCAGUUCAAGUUAUACAGAGAGUAAGACUCGUGAGGAGAGGCUGUUGGAGACUAUUGUCACAUCUGGUGGUGUGCGUCUACAACCCACCCGUGAUGCUAUUCAAGCUUUUCUAUUACAGGCAGCAAAGGUGGAUGCACUUCCCCUAGGUCGCGCCCUUGAGUCUAAGCUCCAGUCUCCUGUGUGGCAGGUCCGCAUGAAAGCUGUGUGUGUGCUUGAGUCAAUACUGAGGAAAAGGGAUGAUGAGCAUUUUUCAGUUAUAGCUUCGUACUUCAGUGAAAAUAAAGAUGCUAUGGUCAGGUGUACCGAGUCUCCUCAAUCUUCUCUGAGGGAAAAGUCUAUAAGGGUAUUGAACCUUUUGGGUGGGGAACAGGCAGGUCGCUUUAUGGGAAAUUCAGAAAAGUCAGUUAAGGCUGAGACCACUUCUGUCCAGAUGCCUGACUUAAUAGACACGGGAGAUUCAAAUGAUUUCUUUGAAACAAAAGAUUCUAUAAAGGAGUCACAUGAUCAGAAGACAGCAAAUCUGACAACAUCUACUACAAGUUAUGUAAUUGAUGAUCUAUUGGGAGAUAGUUAUGAUGGUGGGAAUUCCACUGAACAAAAAAAUGAUGAUGAUCCCUUUGCAGAUGUUUCAUUCCACACUAGCGAGAGAAGAGAACAUGCAGAUGAUCUCUUUUCUGGGAUGACUGUUGACAGUAACCCAGGAACUAAUGAGUAUCAUAUGCCAACAGAUAAAAAUGGACCAGAGGCAUUUAAUAUUUUUGGGUCAAACUCUGAACUGACCCAGGAGCAGGGAAAUCACAAAAUGGAUGUUAAUGAUCUAAUGGCUGGUAUGUCCAUUAAUGAGAAGGUUGCAAAGAUGAAUCAACCAGGAACCACAUCUGAGGUGCUCCCAGAAACUAUCUUUACAGAUUCAAGUAAUCAUUCUGGGCAUCAGAUCUCAAAUGAUGCUUUAGCUAGCAUACUUGGUUCUCAAGUGACUGGAAUUAAUGCAAAUCCAAUAUUUCCUUCUGGUACUAUGCCAUAUAAUAUACCUCCUGGCAUUAUGUUGAAUCCUGCAUUCCAUAUGCAGCCUGUAAAUUAUGGUUCAAUGGGGAAUAUUCUUGCUCAUCAGGAAUUUCUGGCUACAAUGUCCAACUUCCAACACCUAAGUAACCUCAAUGCUCAAAACCGUGGAGUUGGUCAUGUUGUUGGUACUAAUGGAGGUGGAUAUUCUUCAGCCCUUCCUGAUAUUUUCCAAUCAAAUUAUCCAAAUCAAGCUCCCAGUUCAUUGGUGAACAACUCAAAGAAAGAGGAAAACAGAGCAUUUGAUUUUAUUUCGGACCAUCUUGCAGCCGCACGUGAUCCAAAGAGGGUGGCUUAAAUCUUUGAACUUUAUGUGCUUCACCUCGAUGGGCCCCUUUGGUUCAAUAGUUUAUUUAUUCGAAGUAAAUAUAUCCAACCAGUUAAAGCAUUCUUUGUCAAUAAUGAAAAUUUAGGAUUCGAAGUGAUGCUGGAGAGGGGAGAACCCGGAACUAGAUUCUGUAUUUUAGGCAGAGAGAGGUGGUUUAGACUUUUUAUUCAGCAACGCAAGCAUCAAUUGUAUGUUUUCUCCCCUCCUGGAUUUGUAAAGCGCCUUUCCUUGUUCAUUUUCGGCUUGUGUUUUUUGUAUCCUUUUCCCACACUCCCCAGGAUUGCUUUGUGGUACAACGUAUUUGAACAUAGUUAAUAAAGAUGAUAUUAUUAUGUUGUA